AGCAGAGGAAGAGGAACUGAGUGCAGCAGAUAUGACCACUCAUGUCUGAGCUUGCCUCAUCAGUGCUGGAGCCAACCCAGCCAACACUGGGCAAGAGGCCAUUUGAAUUGUUAAGAAAAAAUGUGCUCGGAUGUUGUAGUAUCACGACCUCACUAUGACAGCAGAGCUGUAGCUCAGGGGGUCCCGGAGAAAGAUCACCUUGUAGCGGCCCCACAGCCGUCCUCGGGCUUAGCCACAGCAGGGUACCGCUCGGCUAAAUACACCCCGACUGAAUGGUUCUCCAACUACCAAAGCUUACUUCAACAAGCCGGUACCGACUGCCACGAAGCUACGAGCCUUCAGCGAGAGUCCAGAACUUUGUACCAAGACACCGAUGCAUCCACUUUUAAGACACAGGCCGAGGGAACACGUCGUCUGGGAGAGAGACUACAAGAGAUCCACUACUGGAAGUCUGAGCUGCAGCGGCACAUCGAGCAGCUGCUGGCCGACACGGAGUCACUGGUGGCGCUGAAAACGCGGCUGGAGAAGGCGCUGGAUGCCACCGAGAUUCCCUAUGCUAUCGCCACAGACAACCUGAACUGCAGGGCGAGAAGGCUGGGAGCUGACCUGGUCAGAGACACUGUGGAGGAAGAGUUGUUCAAGGAAGUGGACUUGAUCAGGAGUGUCCAGGCUCUUCUGAAGAGAACUACAGCUCAGGUUGUCAGUCAAAUCAAGUUGAACAGAGAAGCCAAGCACACUUUAGAGAUGGACUGGUCUGAUAAGUACCAGGCCUACCAUUUUGAUGACCACAGCGGAAGACACAGUAACAUGAGUUCAGAUACACAGCACCAUCCCAGCUCAGCUGCCAUGCAAGAACAGGUGUCCAGCCACCCAUCAUGGACGAAGUUUACACAAGACAACCUGUUCAAGGCCGUGCAGGAGGAACAGGCUACCAACAGUCUCAGAUUGCUGGUAGAGCAGGUGCUGCAGGACACGGCUGAGGAUCUGAGAGUCCAGUGCUCCAGUGUUGACCGAGCCUUCAGCGAACGCUGUGUGGAGCUGAAUGAGGCCAAGACACAGCUCAAUAUGCAGCUCAAACAGAUCUUGGAGCAAAUUGGUGCCCAGGAGAAAAACAUUGUGGCUCUGCAGCAGGCCAUUCACAACAAAGAAGCUCCACUGCGAGUAGCUCAGUCCAGACUUUACCUUCGCUCCCUCAGACCCAACAUGGAACUGUGCAGGGAUGAACCCCAACUCAGUUUGGAAGGGGAGGUGAAGCAGAUUGAUGCCACUCUGGCAUCUCUACAGCAGAAGCUGAGCAAAGCCAGAGAGUCCCUGUCUCGUCUGGAGGAGUCACGCAUGGCGUUGGAGAAAGACAUCAACUGCAAAACCCACUCACUGUUCAUCGACAGGGAAAAGUGCAUGACUCACCGUAAACGAUACCCGACCACUUCAGCACUGUCAGGAUACUGAAAGGUUCAACACGUCUUUGUUUGGCUCUGUUAUUUUUUGUGUUGCUGUAAUUAGUAAUAAACAAAUAAAUAAUUACAUUUCAGUUCCUUUUCAUAGCCACAAUAUUCUUUAUUCAUUCACGUAUUCUAAAAAGAUUGACAAUAUGUGGCUCGAACAGAACUACUUUGAAGUAUAAGUGUUAAAAACUGCUACAUCAGAGGAAAACCCAUAACUACAGGCAAUGUACGUAACCAGGUGUACAGCUGGGAGAAGACAGGCUAAACAACAAAUAUAAGAUUAGGUCAUAGUUUAAUGUAAAUAUGCACUUCUGAGACAUGGUUAUGACCGAUAUAAAGAUGAGUUUUUACAUUUAGUACUAAAGGCAUUAAUAUGACCACAUAUUUGAUCACAGCUUUGUAUACUGUUCGGUUUGUUUUGGUUCUGUCCUUUUAGCGUUCAUAAGUAAAACACAUAUCUUCUGUCUCAGGGAUAUCUUCAUACACAUGAUCACCAUCAUCAUUAUCAUAGAUGUGCCAGUUGUUCCGCUCCUCAGAAGAACCCAAAUUGAAACACACCUCAACAGCUUGGUUUUCACAAGUCUAAAAAACAAAUAGAAGGAAAGAUUACAAUGACGAAGGAAACUCGCAGUGAAAUUCAGAGGUCACAAUAAGAUGGACACGUGGCAUAACAAUUUCUUGAUGAUAACAUAUUUCUUUGGCCCACUAGCACCAGGUGCAUCUAUUUCUCUGAUUUUUUUUAGCCUAAAUUGAGUAAAUAGGAGUCUACAGAAAUGUAAUAUUGAAAUAAUGUACACAUUUUAGAGGACAUGGUGGGAAGAUGUUCCUGAGAAUAAACGUAACAUUUACAGGACCACUGCCAAAGCAAGCUAAAUCGCCAGUACGGUGCAGCAAACAUUGCACUUUCGAAAUGCUUCUGAUACUGUCUCGUGUAUUUUCCUCUCACAUGAUCCUUAAGCUUUACGUCUCCUGCUUCUUCAGUGUUUAUUGUGAUUCUGUUCAUGGCGAUGUCAGCUGCUGGAGCAACACAGAAAACAAUAAAUGAAAGU